CAAGCAAUGCCAUGCGUGAAGGAAUAAACAAUGGACGCCUGACGAGUGACGGCGUCAUGGAAUUCCGGUGGUCAUCGCCAAUAAAGGGGAGAGAAGUAGUGAGCCUGACGAGAAUCGCAUUCCGAUGGUCGAUCAUUGAUAGUGUAGAAAUGACGUCUUUGCUCUGUCGCAUUAAUAUUUCACCAAUGCACAGUUGUGCAUGGCUGCCGCGGCGACGCAAAUCUUCCCCCGAUCCACUGCCGGAGAUGUUGUUUGCCAGGUGGGCACAAUUGUCUAGCUUUACCUCUUGCGUCACGCCAGAGUCAUCUUUUACCCCCAUAGAAAGGGCGAUGGAGGCCGUUUACGAUAAAAUGAAAGAGGAAGAGGAGCCUUGGAGCAGAGUCGUUGUCACCCCCGAGAAGCUGGAGAAGUGGAUGAGAGACUCCAUUGGAGAGAUCGUGCGGAACAUCAGUGAAGGGCCUUUUCUCAUGCACGUGUUCUCCGACGGCGGCCUGAGGCUGGAGAGGGAAGCGGCGGCGUCGGAGAGGUGGAAGCGGAUCAGGAAGAGGUGGGACGAGGAGCGCCGCGUGCCGGAUGCAGUCGUUCUGAUGAAGGAGCUUCCGGGGGAAGAAGAGGAGGUGGAGGCGGUGGUGCGGAGGACGAAGAGGACGUGGGGGCUGGUGGUGCAGGGGAGGGGGAUGGAUGGUGCCAUCUGCUACAUCCUGGACACCACCCGCGUGCAGUCGUCGGUGGGAUUCUGCACGCACUUCUGCCUCGUGCGGGCGCAAAGCUCCGGCGAGGCCGCCGACGUGCAGCUCACCAACGCAUGGUUGCAGGGAAGGCAGUAAAUUCUCAUAUUGUUGAAGCACUUACUCCUUGCGGGCCAAUAAUUUAAUUUCUUCGGCUCAACUUUCGCCUUUUAUUUACUGUUAAUAUUUUGGGAAAUUGUAUAUAUAUAUCUUGAAUCUAAUGAGACAUAAUUUAGUGAAUGUUUGGUGCAUAUUCAGGUUUAUUGUUUGCCGACGAAAACGAGCUAGUUGUUUCAUUACUGCAAUUUUGGUUUGUGUCUCCGACAAGAACAUUUUCCGGUGGAUGUAAGAGAACAACGAUGAGUGCUUAGCCAUUCCUUGAAACUCGUUUGUUCGAUGUAUCAUAAUUAUUUAUUGUAUCUUAUUUUUUUCAUUUCAAAAAUACUUUUAUUCUAAUACUA